AUACUACUGAAAAGGAAGUUUUCCUUAUCAUAUUUAUUAUCUGAUUAAAUUGUUCGAAGAAUGGAUAGUUUACAAGAUAUUCAAAAUAAUAUUGAAACAGUGCAAGAAAAUACCGAUAUAACACAUUCUGAUGAUGAUCCAGCCAUGACUAUUGAUGAAAAAUGUGAUAUUGAAGAACCUACUUUCGGUUUCACGGAAAAGUCAUGGAGAACCGAUUUUAUUUUGCUUGUUGAAGGAAAACGCUUGUAUGUUAAUAAGGCCAUCUUAUCUCUUGCGUCGCCUGUCUUUGAUACGAUGUUCCAAUCCGACUUCAAGGAAAGUCAGUGCGAAGAGUUAGAGCUGCCUGGGAAACGGUACCGUGACGUCAUUGAAUUUCUUCGGUGUAUCUAUCCGAAUAACAUACCAACAAAUAUCACUAUGGAAAGUGCUGUGACUAUUUUACCCCUUAUCGAAGAAUAUCAAGUUGUGAAGUUAAAACCAAGAUGUGAACAAGCCAUUAUUGAGAAUAUAGGAGACGAAAUACAAGUUGAAAAAAUAUUCGGUUUAUUGCAUACAGCAUGUCUUUACAACCUCGUUGACUUGCGUAAACUUUGCGUGAAAAUAACAUGCACAAAAUCUGAAAAAGAAAUUGAUGAGGCCUUUCAAAAUUGUCAACCUCCAGCAGAAGCGGCAAAAGAAAUCCUGGAACAAUUGAAUAAGAAAUUGAGGGAAACAGUGAAUAAACAAAAACUGUUAAUUGAUGAUAUAUCAAGAGAAGCAACUGAGAAUACUGCAACUCUCAAAGCUGCGAACACCGAACAGGAAAGACAAUUGGUUAUCUUAAAACAAUACCUGUCUGCGGAUGUAAAAACGAAUAAAACAAUCACACUUGGAUAUGAAAGCCAAUGGAGGGAAUGUAUAGCUAUAUUUGACGUUGAUAUGGGAAGUGAAAGAGUAAGGACGGAAAGACAGGUUACUGUUUGGAAUGUUCCUCUUGUAGUUGUCGUUUCAGAAAAAUCAACAGCAAAAAACAAAUUCUACCUUGGAAUUGAGAUAAGAUGUAUAAAUAAAGAGGUAGUGUGUUCAUUUAAAGGGCGUGUUGUCGUUGUAAAUAGACAGCCUAUGGGAGAGAACCAUACAGUGUUGAUAAGUGGAUCCUUUUCUAACUGUUCUAUCUUUUCGAGCCUUACAUGUAGUCAAGAGAUAAUGAAAAUGUCUAGGAUAAAGGAAAUUGCAAAUGGAUUUUUGAGUAACGGUCGUAUUGGCGUGAUCGUUCAGAUUUUCAUGACAGAACCAAACAGAGGCUAAUAAACUAGUGAUUUCGUUAAACAUUUGGUAGGACAAUUUCAACUACAACAUCCUGUCACCGUUUUUUUUUUUAAAGAAUUUUAUUAGGCAAAAUACUAUCGAAAAUGUUUCUAUAUAAACGAAGAAGGCCCGAAGCGUGCAUUCUUCUACAACAAUGCACUCGCCGUUCUUAUUAUCUCGCUGUAUAUUUUCACAUUGAGGGCGCCAUUUUGUUUGAAAAAUGUAAUAAAUAAAAACAAUUUUUUGUCGAAUUUUGUUGUGAAAACUAUCUAGAAUGAAAGAAAAUGGUCUAACUAAGAAAAUGAAUUCGAACAUCAAUAUCUUUUAUUCAGUCGUUAACGCUGUACAGACGUUUAAAGUGUUGUUUACGUGACGUCACAAUGUAGCGCCAAACAGCACGUGCAAAACAAUCAAAUCAAGUACGCUAUUUUAAUGUCGCAAACGAGUUAAGUUUUACAUUUAUUUCACUUUAAUGAUUUUUAUUUCGCUUGAAAAAUUAAAGAGUGAAAUGAAAUAAACAAAGUUUUAUCAACGUUUCCAAAAUUCGUUAUUCUACACACAGAAGAUUUAACGACAGUUUUUAUAUUUUUUCUUGAAAAGUAGUCCGGCAAACAUGCAUACCACGUGAUCAAGUGCCGUAGAUCAGUAAAAAUAUACGGCACCUUGUUAUCGGGCCGAAAUUGAUACAAGUGACAGGAUAAAUU